AAAUCUGGCAACCCCGGAAGAAAGCCGUGGGGAGUGUGAAUUGCUCCAGGAAGGAAAAGUCGAGCGGGUCCAUUUCAAAGUUGUCUGCUUGCUGUUUAGUAUUAGUGCGGAGAAAUGAAUAGCCGCACGGCGUGUUGCGUCCUCUGCCGUCGGUCCGAGGAGACGGAAAUAACCGGAAAUUUAUCGACGAAAGACCAGGUCACGGCCCAUCAGAACUGCCUGGGGGACAGGUCUUACAGCACCAGACAUAUUACUGAACAGAGCCGAGACCAGAAUCCGAUGAGACAAAGGCUGGCACCCCCUCUAGGAAGAGUAGAGCUCUACUCGUCUGGCAUUUUUUGCACCAACACUCCGCAGUUUGACGACCUGUUUGGCUUCUCUGUUGAAGACGUGCUGAAAGAGGUGAAACGAGGAGGCAAACUGUUUUGCGGCCGAUGCAGGAGAAAGGGUGCCACAGCAGGGUGCGAGGUGAAACGCUGCAAGAAGACCUUCCAUUAUCCGUGUGCUGUCGAAGAGGGAGCCAAGACAUUUGAGGAUGAUGACAAUGAGACAUACGGACUGUACUGCCUAAACCACAGUAGACAAGUAAAUAGCAGUUCUGUAAAUGAACCCAAAACGCCCCCGUCCUCCAGGAACCCCAGUGGAACCGGAUCAUCCGGGGAGAUUUAUUGCCGUGUCUGUGAGAAGAAAGAAGAAAAUAUCAGCUUGGACCGUUUAUCUAGCAGCAAUGCUAUGUUUGUGUUUUUAAGGUUGUACUGUGACAAACAUGUUCCUUCAUCACGUAAGAGGAAAUCCGAUCCUUUAGCUGCCAGACUGUCGUCCUCAUCCAGUAGUGACUCAUCCACCGCAUCACUUAAAUCUAUAGAGAGAAAGCAGAAUUUUAAUGAGCCGGAAGGAGAGAGCGGUGCAUCCAAGAGGAAAUCAGUAAAAAGGAACAGGAUAUUAUCUGACGAGCAUUCAAACACAGAUGUGGAGGGACUUAUGGCUCCAUUAGAGUCAGAUUUAGAGGAAAGUGUGCAGGAGCAUGAAUCAGCUGUGCCUCUACUCAUCAGCAAGCACUCCAAAAACCCUUCAGGUUCCUCACCAGGGAUUCAGGUGGAGAACGUGAGAGCAGAUGUAAAUACCAACGAGGAUGAAACAGUCAUACAUUCUGAUGCUGAGUCCGAGAGUUUGCUGUCUCCAGUGCCGAACUGCGCUGAGCUUCACUCUAAUCCUCCACCUCAAACCGUACCUGACGAGUGUCCCCAGGUUCAGUCGGUUGAGAAGGAGGUGCAGACAAUAAAGAGAGAAUUUGAAGAGUCCAGUUAUGAGCAGUGUCUGGUCCAAGGUCCUGAAGAACACGUCGACAGACCUUGUGUCCCGCAGCAGAGCCCCGCUGCUGCCGAUCCUUCCCCAGAGCACUCUAAGCCCAGCGGCCAUGCGCCAUGCUUCAGCUUCGACAACGCUCUGCACAAACCCAUCCAUAUGACUGUGCUCUCAUCUCCAUCCCCCUCUCCUCCCUCUACACCUAUCCCAGAGUUGUCCUUUUGCCAAAGGCCUUCUCCUGCAGAGGUUUCCCCGACCCAAACACCUCCCUCAGGCCCAAAGCCUGACAUAGACUCAGCCACAUUCUGGAGAAAUUGCAACAUGGCUGGUUGUACGCAGGCCAUCUUCACUGAGUUUAUUACAGAAAUAAACAACAUUUCCUGCAGAAUCCAGUGUGAUCAGGCCAGCCAAGAGGAUUAUGACCGGGCACUUGCAGUGAUGAGGGCUUCUGGAAGACUUGCAGACUUUGUUACCAAGCAGGACGAAGAGUUGGACAGGAGACGAAUGGAGCUGCAGAGAGCGUCGGCAGCUCUGAAGGACAUGGCCUCAGUUCUGAGGAGAUGAGUCCAGCCACUGGUACCACUGUGAAGGUACUAGUCUUAUACUGGAGAUCUCCAUGUUUUAACAGGGUCACACAGUUUGAAACACCUUUUAGUAUUUAAGGUAGUUGCAUUAGAAAGUGUGUGAUUAGGAAAUAAAGCUAGCCAUGUUAGGCUCGCUGUUAUUGUGAAAACAAUCUUUUUAAAUGUGCAAAUUUGUUUGUAUUUUAAGGCUGUUGAUGUAUUUAAUAUUUUUGUAUUUUACUGUCUCGACUGACUGUUUACAUGACCAUAUUUGAGGAUCUGAAAUGUUUUAACUAUAACCUCAGAGGCAGAUGCAUGUAUGUCUGUUUGUUGAGGAAUUAAUGUCUAUGUGCUUUUAAUAAAACUCUUAUAAAAAAUGAA